UAAAACUUAAUGAACACAUUUCUCGUCAGUGAUAGAACAAUUGUAAUUGACCCUAUUUCAGGAAGGGCAAUAUUGGGGAAAAACUCCCUACAAGACCGCAAAUCGGUCGAUUAUAAAGAAGACCGUCUCAGGCAGUUUAUGAGAGAUAGAAGGAUGACCAGCCAUAGCCAAUUAAAAGCAACAAGGAAUAUGGUCGUCUGUAAGAAUAUAAUGAGUUCUCCUAGCUUGAGGAACAGUCAGCACAAGUUUCAAAGUUAUGGGAAUGCUGAUGCAAAUACAUCUGAAAAUUUACCAUCCCUGAAAUUUAACAAUAAUAGCAGGAAUAUAUCAACUGAAGACAUUGAAGGUGCCUCGCCUAAAAAGUUUAGGCAUAAGAACAAGAAGUUGUUUAUUGAUAGGAAAGAGAUCCUUUCUGUCCUUGGUGGAUCCCCUGGGAGAUACCAUGGCUUCAAGAAAGACCAAAAAGUCGGCGGCACUUUCAGCAAUGCGAACAACUUCUGGGAUGAGAGGGGUAUUUUGGAUAAAUAAAUUCGCUGCUGGAGCUCGUCUUCCUCAGAAAAAUUUUCAAUCUAAAAGGAAAGUUCAUAUUCCAGUUAAUCAGUCUUAUGGGUUUGAAGACCAUAGUAAAACUUUUGAAAUAAAUAAGAGUUUUGGCCAUCAGAAUUCUAUUCAAGUAACCUCAAAAGCACUGAAGAAGAAAGUGAUAAAUGAUUUGAAGAAAUAUAAAGACAGAGCAAGUGAAAUGUUGCCAAAUCUUCGUGAAAGUGUUAGUAAUCCAAACCUCCAGAAUCACAAAGCAUCUCCAUAUAAAAAUGGAGACAAUAUAAAGAGUCUCAAUAAGUCUAUCUUAAAGGAGUCAAAUAUUGCUACUAGUGCGCCUAAGAUGAGGUUGAAUAAGUCUAUCUCAUCUCCGUACUCAAGAGUCAGAAUAAAAUUAGGCAAAAAGUCAUCAGGAUCAGCUCCUUAUGUCUAGUCUGUCUUAUGCUAAUCUACACUAUAUUGGGCAUUCA